CAUAUAAGCUUACUCCUCAGAUCUAUAUAAACAAUAAUGAAAAACUGUGUCUUGUUUCCUCCGCUCUCUCAACGGUUUUAAUCUUGUUUUCAACGUUCCAACUUGUUUGUCUCUGUUUAUACUCCCAUAAUAACACCUUUUCUCGAUACCCUUUGAUUCAUAGUUGUUGCUUUUCAUCUCGUUUUUUUUUUCCUUUUGGAUUUUUAUUUCACUAUGGCAUCAACAACUAAUCUCUACUUGUCGAUGAACAAAGCGUUGCCCACUUUUCAUUUGCUCAAGAAUCGAUUAUCACCAGCUUCGAGACCCUCAUGUGUGGCGUUUACAUCUUCAUGGGACAAAAAGGAAGCCUGGGUUCCUUUGGGAAUUUCGUCAGCCAAGCCGUUCAAGUUUACUGGUUGGAACCAAAACAUGAGGCGGCGGAGCCAAGUUGAGUUCCCGGUGGCUUCAGCUGCUGAUGGCGGUGAAAUCGAAAUUUCUGAAGGGAAUGCAGAACUUUCAAAGAGCUUUGCCGAGAGAUUUCCUGCUCUAGUCACUGGUUUCUUCUUUUUUAUGUGGUACUUUUUAAAUGUAAUCUUCAACAUUCUCAACAAGAAGGUCUACAAUUACUUCCCAUAUCCAUAUUUUGUUUCAGUUAUACAUCUGGUAGUUGGAGUGGCUUAUUGUCUGGUUUCUUGGGGUGUUGGCCUACCAAAAAGAGCACCAAUUGAUAAGGAGCUCUUGGUUCUAUUGACUCCUGUUGCUUUCUGCCAUGCACUUGGACAUGUCAUGUCCAAUGUAUCUUUUGCAGCUGUUGCAGUGUCCUUCACUCACACUAUCAAAGCACUGGAGCCAUUCUUCAAUGCUGCAGCUUCUCAGUUCGUUUUGGGCCAUCAGAUUCCACUUUCCCUUUGGCUUUCGUUAGCUCCUGUUGUUAUUGGUGUUUCAAUGGCUUCACUCACUGAACUUUCCUUCAAUUGGACUGGUUUUAUCAGUGCAAUGAUUUCAAACAUUGCAUUUACUUACAGAAGCAUAUACUCGAAGAAAGCAAUGACAGGCAUGGAUAGCACAAAUGUUUAUGCAUAUAUUUCUAUCAUUGCCCUCUUGUUCUGUCUACCACCUGCAAUUUUUAUUGAGGGUCCUCAACUGAUGCAAUAUGGUUUCAGAGAUGCUAUUGCCAAAGUUGGCUUAACCAAGUUAAUGUCUGACUUAUUUUGGAUUGGAAUGUUUUAUCACCUCUACAAUCAGCUGGCUACUAAUACCUUGGAAAGGGUUGCACCACUUACACAUGCAGUCGGAAACGUUUUGAAGAGAGUUUUUGUCAUCGGCUUCUCUAUCGUCGUUUUCGGCAAUAGAAUAUCCACCCAAACUGGGAUCGGAACUGCAGUAGCAAUCGCCGGAGUCGGGGCGUAUUCCCUGAUAAAAGCAAAUAUGGAAGAACAAAAGAGAAAGGCUGCUCUAGGUCCUGCAUCCUAAGGAAUUUAAUGGAGAAGAUGGGCUGAUUUUGAAAUGGGA